ACCCCACAAACACCCAGGCCAUUCCUCUCAUUUGGAGCCAACUGAGAAGGGAUUCUCUCGUUGAUGAGGGAGAGACAGUGGCCUCCUCCUGCUGCUUGCAGAGGGAGCUCCAUUCCACAGGAUCCCCCCCCUCCCCCCCCCCCCCCCCAUCUCUCUCUCCCUCCCCCUCUGGCUCUUUUUGAGCUUGUGAAUGAUGGACUCUGACUCCAUACUGCAUGACAAGAUAGUGGAAUACAUGAAUGCAUCUGGACGCGAUGACCUUAAUGAGGCUGAACCCCCUAAGAAACUUGUAUUGGGAAAGAACACAUUUAAUCAGACGAAACUCAGCAAUGGCACGCCGAGCAUGAUACCAACUAAGCAGCAUGCACCAUCGACCAGCUAUGAGAAACAGAAGGAGCAGUGUGUAAAAUACUUUGACCAGUGGACAGAAACCGAUCAGGUGGAAUUUGUCGAGAACCUGAUAUCCCGAAUGUGUCACUACCAACACGGCCACAUCAACUCCUACCUUAAGCCCAUGCUUCAGAGGGACUUCAUCACGGUGCUCCCAGCCCGUGGCCUGGACCACAUUGCAGAGAACAUCCUGUCGUUCCUGGAUGCCCGGUCCCUGUGUGCCGCUGAGCUGGUCUGUAAGGAAUGGUACCGGGUCAUCUCCGACGGGAUGCUCUGGAAGAAACUGAUGGAGCGAAUGGUGCGCACGGAUUCCCUCUGGAAGGGGUUAUCAGAGAGGAGAGGAUGGAUCCAGUAUCUGUUCAAAAACAAGCCCUCUGAUGGAAUGUUGCCUCCAGAUUCCUUCUACAGAUCACUGUAUCCCCAGAUAAUACAGGACAUUGAGACCAUUGAAUCCAACUGGAGGUGUGGGCACCAUGGUUUACAACGUAUACACUGCCACAGCGAAACUAGCAAAGGUGUCUAUUGUUUACAGUACGAUGAUGAAAAAAUCAUCAGUGGUCUACGAGACAACACUAUCAAGAUUUGGGAUAAGAACACACUGGAAUGUAAGAAUGUUCUGACAGGACACACUGGCUCUGUGCUGUGUCUACAAUAUGAUGACAAAGUGAUUAUCACUGGUUCCUCAGACUCCACAGUCAGAGUGUGGGAUGUUGGAACGGGUGAGAUGUUAAACACACUGAUCCAUCACUGUGAAGCUGUGCUCCAUCUCCGUUUCACCAAUGGAAUGAUGGUCACCUGCUCCAAGGAUCGAUCGAUCGCUGUGUGGGAUAUGAGCACGUCCACGGACAUCACUUUACGCAGGGUCCUGGUCGGUCACAGAGCAGCCGUCAACGUUGUUGAUUUCGAUGAUAAGUACAUUGUAUCGGCUUCAGGAGAUCGGACGAUCAAAGUGUGGAACACUGGUUCCUGUGAGUUUGUGCGAACGUUGAAUGGCCAUAAACGGGGCAUUGCCUGCCUGCAGUACAGGGACAGACUCGUGGUCAGCGGUUCCUCUGAUAACACAAUCCGGUUGUGGGACAUCGAAUGUGGAGCCUGUCUGAGGGUUCUCGAGGGUCAUGAGGAACUCGUUCGAUGUAUUCGCUUUGACAACAAGCGAAUCGUUAGUGGGGCCUACGAUGGUAAAAUUAAAGUUUGGGACCUUGUUGCUGCUUUGGAUCCCCGUUCACCAGCUGGCACUCUCUGUCUGCGAACGUUGGUGGAGCAUUCCGGGAGAGUUUUCCGGUUACAGUUUGAUGAGUUCCAGAUCGUGAGUAGUUCUCACGAUGACACCAUCCUGAUCUGGGAUUUUCUGAAUGUGCCCUUGGAACAAGGUGACGGUACACAGCUAGCACCCCGCACGUACACCUAUGUUUCUAGAUAGGUGCAGCCUGCCCAUCAUCAGGAUUGGUCACGGAUAUCCAAAAUAAAGCUUUCAGGCACUUAAAAAAAAAAAGAAACAAAAUUGAUCCUGAGCCACGUAUUCAUAAAAUGAAGCAGUCAUUCUGAAGGGGACUCAUUUCAGGUGAUGUGGGACAGCAAGUGGUGAGUGUCUGCUCAGUGGAGACUCACAGUGUUCCUGAGGAAGAGGAGAAAUGAACCACUACACAUCAUUGCAUCCAUGGAAGAUGUUUCGACUGGAUCUCCACCUCCAUGUCCAAGUAACACAACGCAGCCCCAGUUAAUUUUGUAAAUUUGUACGGACUGAUCUCUUGAAGAACUUUCAAGACAAAGGAGAAAGUGAAAAGGGAACAGUGAGAAACGGUUCUGAAAUUGGUGAGAUCUUGUGUUGAAAUGACCAAAUCUGUACUGUUGCAGCCUCUUCUGUUUGUUUCUCCUCCUCAGUGUUAGAGUUGGAAGAAGCUCCCUGAGCCCCAGAAAGCAGAAGGGUCCAGGCUUUUAGAUGGAGUUGGUCCUGGUGUCCCUGGAGGAAGCUGGUUGAAUGAGGUCCUUUUAUUUUUUGGGUAUUUUUCAGGGGAAUCGGAGAGGAGGUCCUGGACUGGGAGGGACGGUGAGAUGAGUCAGGCUUGUUUUUCCGAGGUCAUGUCCCACCUACUUCGCUGCUGUAAAGCCCGGUUUGAACCAGGCUGGCCUGUGAUACCAAGACCCCGCAGUCUGUAAAGGAGCCUCACUUGUACAUGAGGGAGACUUGCUUUCCCAGUGUUGCCCCUUUGUGGGGUGGGGGGGGGGGUCAACCCCAACCAACUUGUGCACUUCCCCAAACAGGAGAAUGAACACUUUGGGUUUGGUUUGAGUCAUUCCUCAGCUGUGUGACAUGAAGAAUCUGUCCCAUGUUGCAACUUUGCAACUGAGAGUGAGAUGCUGGGAAUGUUCUCCCAUUUCAUGGUGGUUCCCAGGAAGAUAACGGGCACGGUGAACGUGUAGUGAGAGGGACCACUCGCUGCACGGUAAUGAGGAAAUCAGGUUGUCAUCCUUUGAUCAUCUCCAAUUCUCCAUCUCGUCAACAGACAAAGCAGCAACUAAAAUAAACUCUGGGAACACAUGUACACACACGUGCACACAUAUGCACGCAUACAUGCACAUAUAUAUACAUACGUAGACACAUGCACAUGCACACACACACCCCUACAAUUGGGACCAAUUGGAUGCACGGCGGGCUCUGUCCUUGAUCAGUCCUGGGCCCAUGUCAAUCUGAUGUGGCAUUGCUCCCCCCUCCAAGCAGCACCAGAUCCCCAAAUGGAUGCCACAGGUUGAUGACAGAGCCAAGCUGGGCUGUGAGUCAGCCACAGAGAUGUAAGACCCGAUGACCUAUUGCUUGUUUGGGAAACAGAGCUGUGUGCCAGGGUAGGGGAGUGCACAGAGUCCCGGCCAGCUGUACCCCUGUCCCAGUGAGGAAGUGACCGAAUCCUCAUGGCCCACAUGGAGCAGGCAGGGUGUGUGCGAUAGGAGGAAGAGCUCAGAGAAAAGGCAACAGUGCAGACGUGGAUUCGGCAUUACUGUAAUCACCGUUCCUGAUGUUAUAUAAUUGUAUGUCAUCACCUUGCGACUGAGGGCAAGGUGAUGUGUGGUGUCGCUAGAAGCCAAUGUGCAAUUGACAGUUCCUCUUGUACAGUUUGUGUAUAGUACCUCGUGUUUAGUUUAUUUUUAAAGGUCUCUUCUGUAAAACCUUGCUUUUAAUCAUUGAUGAAAUUCUUGGGCUUUGAGUGGACAAGCUUCAGUAGUGAGUGUCUCGUGACGGCAGGUCCGUGUUGCGGAGAUAUUUUUGGGCCGUGGGGAGGGGCUGGUCGUUUAAAUGUGUUCCUUUAUUUUUCCAGUGUGUUUGCUUGCUCCCCUUCUCCCCUGAAUUCAGCACUAUGGAAAGUUUCUGAUCAAGGCCACUGUACCCACGCACCAUGUCAGGGCAUGCUGCUGUUAUCAGUGUACCCAGACACUCUGGGUAAUUAUGCCACUUUGGAAUUGUGGAGGAUGUAGGAUGGAACAUCGGGGUGACCUGUACCCACACCUCACGUUCAGGGCGCGGGUACAUUGCCAGGGCUGGGUGGUGAUGAGGAGGAGGGAAUUCCGUGUGGGAGAGGAGCCUGCAAGUGCACUGUGCAUCCAACCCGGGGAUCUGUCAGGAGUUUACUGCCGGCGACAGCUAUCCGGUGCCCUUUGCUUUGGGAAAUAGGGUGAUGCCUGUCAGUCAAAUAUCCAGCGCUGACCCAGUCUCCCAUGUGGGUCAGCUGUGGUCUGGUCCUUGGGGAGCCUGGAUCCUAACGUUUUUGGGAAGGCUUCUCGUGGCGUGCUGAGGGAGAACAAAGCUGUUUGUCCAGUCCAGUUGGUCCCUGAUUCCCUCAUCAGGUCGUCAGUAGCUUCCCCCGGUUUCCCGAUCACCAUGUGAGCCGCAAACAGUUGGGCAAUGCCAGGUUUCUCAUCAGUGUCAUUUCUCCACAUUUCAGCUGCACUUAAGUCCAAGUUCCUCCUCCCACCAACCCCUCCUCCCCCACCCCCACCCCCUCCAUCCCCACCUCCCCCUCCAUUCCCAGGACUGCGACCCCUCCUCUUCCUGGGAUACAGAUGGCCCUGUGAUCAGUUGGCUGUGGUCGCGAUUUGUGCUAUUUUUCUACAUUUUCUUGUUUUAAGAUAUUGUUCUGUGGAUUAUUUAUGUUGUCUUUUUACAAACAAAAGAUGCAUUCUUUUAAGCUAUGCGGUUCGUGAUUAAAUUGCAGUUCGUCAUUCUCCCAACGUGCAAAGAUUUCAAAUGUCAACGUUUUAUUUUUGUGUUUUAAGCAACACCUUGAAGCUACAGCCAGCCAGUUCCCUGGGGCUGUGGGGCUGUGUGCCUGAGCGGGCCUCCGUGUCGAGCAGUAAGGGCUUCAUUGCUGCCUGCUGAGUUUUGUGUCUCGUCCAGAGUUUGCAGCUUGUUUUCCACUCUUUAAGGUGUUCGCUUGUCAGGUUAUCAGGCCCUGUGUUGUAUUUCGCAUUCCAUUCAGACCAUCAGCAGAGCAACAGGCUGUUCGCUCCAUCUGGGCCCAUGCUAGGGUCUCCUCUCACCCUUUUGACAGCUUCACGUAUCCUCCGAUUCCAUUUCCCCCUCAUGCCCCUUUCAGAGCCUUGGAUAUGAUUUCUGUUCAGGCCCCCAUGGGCUCACCACCUCCUGGAUAUAUUGGGUUACCCCUGCCUCUCUGAUCUCAGCCUGUCAUCCCUGUCGCUCUCUCUCUCUCUCUCUCUCUCUCUCUCUCUCUCUCUCUCUCUCUCCAUUUGUUCUGUCUGAACCCUUAGAUAACGUCAGGUCUGGUCACCUCACAAGCCUCUGUUUCCUGGAGAACCCAGCUCCCACAAUAACAUGAAACAUUUCACUGGAGCAGAAUGUCACCUGCAGCUGAGGGAACAAGUUGCACUGCCCACACUCCCAAACCCUUGGCCUUUAUUAUUCCUCCCUCCCACUCCCACUCCCACGGCCAUGGAGCUUGGAUUUCUCAUCUUGGCUGGAAGUAGGGAGCUGUGUCCAUGGCUCCCCUUGGUUUUGGCCACUUGGUCUCUGCAGAAGAUCACACAUUUGAAACCAAAAGUUUCUCAAACGGUGUUCGGAAGCAGUUCAAUGAGAAGGACCAAGCAGGACUUUGUAUUUCCAGAUGGUGCUACCUCAGUGAGUGAGUGAGUGCCGCUGGUAGGGUGAAAGAGGCAAAGGCAGUCUCAUGUUGUGAUAGGGUCAGGGUGACUGAAAUGGUCACAUCUCCCUGUUUGGUCACGAGAGAGUUUUUCAGCCAACUCUGUGAUAACUUUGUUCUUUCACCUCCCCAACUGCAAGACCUUUAACAAAUCUGUUCCUCCCAAUCUCAUUUCAAAUCAGCAAAAGUAAAUUUUCUCCUCUUGUCAGAAAAUGGGCCAGUCAGUCCAUCAUGUGUGUGUGUGGCAGGAGGCUUCUUUCUCAUGCAAGAUCUAUCUAAUUCUCCUCAUUCUUCAGACUUGUUCCUUAGAACUACCAAUUUUUCCUUUGCAAAGUUUUAUAUCCAGCUCCUUUUUAGAAUGAUUUUUGCCCAAUCUUUUGCUUGCAGUCAAUUCCAGGUCAUGACAGCACUUUAUUUUCAGUUCCCCUUAUCUUCCUUCUGCUUCUUCUGCCAAUUGUCUUGCAAGUGAGCCCCCAGCCGGAGUUCCUUUCCUGCAUUGGGAAAACAUUUCCUUUGGCUGCAGUUGCUGUGCUCAACCUUUGCUCCCUCUGAACCCUCCAAUAAAUACACCCCUUGCUUCUCUGCUCAAAGGAGAAUAAUCACACCGUCUUCAGUGUCUCUAUCUAACGGAAGUUCCCCCAUCUCUGGAACCAAUCCCAGAGAAUUCCUUGUUUCUCCUCUAAAACCUUGAUAUGCAACGCUCUGAGGCGACGGGAGGGUCCCUGCAUUUGUAAAUGAUGUGAGCCCCCCCCCCCACAGCCCACAUAACCACCACCACCCCCCCUCAGCCCUGAAAUAUCGCUCUGCCCAGUUCAGCCAAUGGCGUUUCUUUCUCAUGAGGUGAAAUAAGUUUGUGAUUAAUGGACAGUGCACAGAACAGCCACCAGGCCGUGUCUCAUGUUGUGCUGGAUGGCCUUUUUGUUAGUGUGUGACCAACCCAGUCUGUGAGACAUGGUUUUUAGCUUGUUGAGGCUGAGAGCGGUGUGGAUAAGUUGCGAGUAGACUCUCACUUGGAGAUUGAAACCGAUGGAUGAUGCCCACAUCUGUAACCAUUUAUCGUCUCGGGGCAGGGCACGGGAAGGGGGUCUCAGCUGUGCUGUGCUCCGUUACAUGGACAAGUUUUAACUUUUCUCCCUGGGGUGAUUGGAAGUGUAGGAAGAUAACAUCCUGCAAUUGCACCUAACAGCUUGCGCAAUAUUCCGCUGCCUCUCCUGCUCCACUGUGCAGGCUCUAGCUUCUCACAACGUCAGACGGUUCACAGGCUGAGAUUUGGCCCAGACCCUGGCUUGUUGAAAUUUGUGGUUUGGUCCUGUCCACUUGCAUAUUCAUCCUUUGAAAUAUGCUCCCAAUCCCCUUGGAAGUUCUGAUGGGGUCUAUAUUCUGCAGCUGUUCAGCUCAUGUAGACUAGAUCAGCUGUAUUGGACAGACAGUCUGUGAUUUGGCUGUGUUUCUGGACCACACUGCCCUCCUGGUUACUUCCUAACCCUCCUGCCUGUGGCAAUGGUUCCUCCUUUUACUGUGUCACAACCCUGCACCACCUUAAUGGACGCUGUGAAACUGGGAUUUCAAAUUCCUACACAAUCCAGAGCAGGUAUUUAUUUCCCCUGGAAUUCACUUACUUUCAAUGGAAGUGACAUUUGAAAGGUUUUUUUUUUAAAUUGAACUGGAGCUUGAAUGGGUAAAGCUGCUUGUGAAACAGAGACGCACAGGAUGCUGUGAUGAUGAUGAAUGAAAAUAAAUGAAUUGAAAAACA